AGUAACCAAACCCCGGUCUCCUCCAGCUUCAGGCCAAACUAGUUUGUUUCAACUUUUUCAACUCAAAUUUGUCCAUUCUCAAACAUACGUUACAUUUCUAAAACCCCCACCUAUACAGAUAAAUUUCAUGUGUAUAUAUAUACGUACAUCACUGUAUGUAUGUAUAUCUCAUCGAACACAGUCGGUGAUAUCGAGCAAUCUGCUGUUUCUCAUUCUCUCCCCCAAUUCACUUCAAUUCAUCUCUUAAUUUACCUCAAAGAUCUCAAAUUUUUGUAUAACAACUUUAUUUUCGUUUAUUUAUUUUAUGUAUACAUAGAAAAAACUGUGGUGUUGUAUGUUUGUAAUGCUGUGAGUUAAAUUGAGUGAGAAUGGAGCGUGGUAAAUCAGUUUUCGUCUUCGAUCUUAACGAGUCUCCGCCGCCCGCGGCGUCGCCGGUGGAGAAGAACGGAGGCGGAGGCGGCGGGAGAGUGUGCGGCUCGUGCCGGAAGGCUGCUGGCGAAGUGGAAGGGGAAAUGCAGGCGUGCGUUAGGUGUGGGAAAUGUUUUCAUAUGAAAUGUAUGGGGACGAAGCACAAGGUUGAUGAUUGGAAGUGUUUCGGGUGUUUGUUUGCGGGGAAUGGUGCUGGCGGUAGCGGCAGUGGUAGUAGUUCUAAUGCCGAGAAGGCGGGAGCUGGCGGUGCUGAGAGGCUGUUGGAUAUGAAUGCGCCUCCGCCUCCUGAUGAAGAGGAAGUGCAGUUUCUGGGAGUUAGUUACGGUGGGGCCAGUUUGGGGAUCCAUCGCCAACCGGAGCAAUAUGAUCAAAGGAUGCAGGCUUCGUGUGAUACCUCAGUUCCCCAUCACACAGUUUCCGGCCAUUCAUUUAAUACUCCAGCUUCAUACUUACAGUCGCUUCACAUGGGAAGUGGAAUAUAUUUUCAAAAGCCUUCUCAAUGUGCGACUGAUGAUGCUAUGUCAAUGUAUGAAGCUCCACUCCAUCACAGAUUAAACCAUAACAGAAUGCCAGGGAAUGCAGAUACAAGAUUCAAGCCUGAUGCGAUACUUGAAACUAGUCACCAUGAAAGGCCAGUAUUGACUCCUGCCUCUGAUAGAGCAAAAGAGAUCUAUUUACAAGAUCUUAAAGAUUUUGUCUUAGGAAAAAAGGGUGUAUUGGGAGAUGGUUGGUAUGUGGAAUUUUACUAUUACCCAGUCAGAUGCAAAACUCUUCCAAUAUACUUUGCCCCAGGUGGAAGAAGGUUUGAAUCCGUGUCGGCUGUUGCUAUCUAUCUUGGGCUCAUACCUAAUGCACAUGCAUUAGAAGCUGACAGCAGAGGUGAUGGAGUUACCCUAUCAGAAAAAGGCCACAAAGGAAAAGAGUCAAAAGUUUUUUUGGGGGUUGAUACUAGUAGAGCGGCUAAAAAUAUUCAGCAGGAAUUUCUUGGUGAGAAGUCCUCCCUAAGUGCUGAGAUCAUAAAUGCUGAUGUUAGAAGAUUAACUCAAAGCAUAAGAUCACCGCAACUCGACAAAAUUAAGAUCGACGACCCUGAACAUCAAAAGUUUUGUCAGGAAGGAUUCCCGGUUCAGUUUGAAGACUUGUAUAUAAUUCAUGCAGGCAAGGUUGAUCAACGGAAUUCAUAUCAUGAUUCUGGCCACAUAUGGCCGGUGGGUUAUAAGUCUUGCUGGCAUGACCAAAUUACUGGAUCUGUUUUUGUCUCUGAUGUUUUGGAAGGUGGUGAUGAUGGCCCACUUUUCAAGGUGCAAAGAUAUCCAUGCACUGAGCAGUACAUCCCUAGUUGUUCAACAGUUGUUUGUAAGCGAAGCGAGAGUGAUAAUUCUAUCAGCGAGGCUAAUGAUGAAGAAUACACAAGUAUGCAAAUGCUAUUAACCGAACAUGCCCCUCCGUGUCUGGAUGACAAUCUCUUGUCAGGCACCCCUGCUUUUAAGGACCCUAGUUGUCAAGAAGUGAAUCGCAAAACAUCUUCUGACUGGCAUCCCCAGAGAUCUCGCAAUGAAACUUCUUAUUGCGCCGGGCCAGGGGAUUGUAUUGGAAAGUUUAUGGUGGAAGGAAAAUCAUCAUCAUCUGUAUGGGAAAAGGUUGCCUCAACUUUUCUUACUGCUUGCCGCGAGGCUUUUAAGAAAACAGGUGUUCUGCAAUUUUGGUGUGGGCAUAAUGUGGAUAGAAGUUAUUUUAAAGCAAUUAAAAAUGCAGAUUUGCUUUCCAAGUUUUCUCGUUCUUGUGGCCCUGUUAACAUCCCACACUCUUUUGAGAGCAUUGAAGAUUUUAAUGCUUCUUCUGAGAUGCUGAAGAAGUGGUUACAACAGGAUAGAUUUGGAUUAGAUCUUGAAUUUGUUCAAGAACUACUGGAACAGUUACCUGAGGUUCGUAAUUGUCCAGGAUAUAUAUUUCUAGAUAAAAGAAGUCCAAAAUCAAUCUUGCAAACAGUUGGAACUGGAUUUCUUGUUGCUAAGAGGAUGUCUGAUGCACCUGUCAAGAAAAAGUCAACUACUUUCAUCAAAACUUGUGAAGCACGUAAAAAGAAGGCAAUCGAAGACUUUGAAAUAAGAGCUCGUCGUCCUUUGGGAAAGCCUUUUUGCUCUAAGCUUCCUGUAAAGUUAAUUGGUGAUGUUCUCCAGGUUUGGGAAUUUUCUAGACGUUUCUCAGAUGUUUUAGGACUUGAAAAACCCUUCUCCCUCCAGGAACUUGAGUGCGAACUUAUUAAUCCAUGGUUAGACAAUCCUCCCCCUCCACAGAAGCUAGCAAAUGGAACACAAGAUGUUGUAGAUGCCAAUUCCUACAGAAACCACAUGAUAAAUAAUCAUGCCAAGUCAUCCUGCAGCAACUACUUUCCAGUAGUAGCUGAGAAGUUUUUAGCAUGUAUGGGAACUCAUGGUAAUUGUACUGGUGUUAUAUUGACCAACGCUCAUACCUCACUGCUGAGCACGUUAAUAAGUGAAUUGCUCAUCAAGGUUGCACCACAUGUGGAUCCUAAUUUUGAUACUGGAGAAUUCAAGUCAAAACGAGGUAAGAAGAAAGAUUCAGAGAACUCGAAUAUUGCAAAGAAGGCAAAAAUCGACGCGCUCCCAAUUAAUGACCUAACCUGGCCAGAGUUGGCUAGAAGAUACGUUCUGGCUGUAUUGUCCAUGGAGGGAAACCUUGAUUGUACGGAGAUCAUUUCCAGAGAGAGUGGGAGGGUUUUCCACUGCUUACAAGGUGAUGGUGGCCCCCUUUGUGGAUCUCUUACUGGAGUUGCUGCAAUGGAGGCAGAUGCACUUCUUCUUGCAGAGGCUUCCAAGAAAGUUUAUGGCUCAUUGAAAAGUAAAGAUGAUGUUCUUAGCAUAGACCAGAAUGAAUCUGAUGCAUCAGAUGCUUUGAAAAUCGUCGCAGACAAUGACAGUGAAGUCCCUGAUUGGGCACGAGUGCUAGAGCCCGUAAGAAAGCUACCUACUAAUGUAGGAGCUAGAAUUAGAAGGUUGGUACAUGAAGCCUUGGAGAAAAAUCCCCCUGAAUGGGCAAAGAAGAUACUGUUGUAUUCAAUUAGCAAGGAAGUCUACAAGGGAAAUGCAUCAGGGCCUACAAAGAGAGCAGUAGUCUCGGUGCUUGAUGAUUCCAGAUGUGAAAAGCCACAACAAAAACCUGAGAAAAAAGAAAUAGGGAAGACCCCUGCCAUUGCUCUCUCUGAUUUGUUGAUGAAACAGUGUCGUCUUGUGUUGCGACGUGUUACUGCAGCAGAUGAAAAAAAGGUUUUCUGCAAUCUGUUGGGAAGAACAUUUUUAAUUUCGAAUGACAAUGAUGAUAAGGGAUGUCUAGGAUAUCCUGCAAUGGUUUCUCGUCCUUUAGAUUUCAGGACUAUUGACCUGAGAUUGGCUGCCGGAUCCUAUAAUGGAUCACAUGAAGCUUUCUUUGAGGAUGUUCAGGAGGUGUGGUAUAAUAUUCGCAUGGCAUAUGGGAGCCAACCGAAAUUGACCGGUUUAGCUGAGACCUUGUUCCGGAAGUUUGAAGAGAUGUAUGAAGAAGAGGUACUUGUCCUGGUCAACAAGACACGGAAGCAUGCUAAUCCUGAUUCUUUAAAUGAAAAGGCUAAGGAGUUGGAAGAUAUGGUUGCACAUGCAACCGAGACUUCACUUCCUAAAGCUCCCUGGGAUGAGGAAGUUUGCAAAGUUUGUGGCAUGGAUAGGGAUGAUGACAGUGUUCUGCUGUGUGAUAGCUGUGAUUCAGAGUAUCACACAUAUUGCCUAAAUCCUCCUCUUGUUAGGAUACCCGAGGGAAACUGGUACUGCCCUUCUUGUCUCGCUGGGAAGCCAACAUAUCAUGGAGCAUCUUAUGGCACACGAGUCAGUAGUCUGUGCCGAAGGAGAUAUCAAAAGGAUUUAACCAACAGAUAUCUGGAUGAACUGGCUGAUUUGGCGAACGCCAUGGAGGUCAAGGAGUAUUGGGAUUUAAAUUUGGAGCAGAGGAUUUUCCUUAUCAAACUCUUGACCGAUGAAAUACUGAACUCAGCCACCAUGCGCGACCACAUUGACCGGUCUGUCUCGGGCUCCAGUGACUUGCAGCAAAAAAUACGUGCUACAACUUCCGAGUGGAAUGCCCUCAACUCCUGUGCAGAUAAUGGUUCUAUGCUUUCAGAAGCCCCCGAUGGUGAGCCAAGCAAUUUCCCGGAGAAUAUGAUUUCUAAUUUGCAAAAAUCAAUUGCGACUCUGGAGUCGGAAUUGUUGAAGGUUCAGGUUCGGAAAGAGCCUCUAGGAAGAGAUUCUGAUGGGAGAUUGUAUUGGGUCUUCAGCAGCAUUGGUACUUCUUUACAACAGGCUGAUCUUCAAGACCACAGAACCACAACUCAAAGCAGCUCAAACAUGAGGAAUACUGUUCUUGUUGUAGGAAGUCCUUCAAGCUCCAGAGAAAUAAGCUUCUCUAAUAUUUUUCCAGCUGAGGAAAUAAAGCAUGCUCCAGUAUCUUCUGAUUGGUCUUGUUAUCAAAGUGAUUCUGAAAUUCAAGAACUCAUUGGAUGGUUGAGAGAAACUGUUGCAACAGAGAAAGAACUAAAAGAUUCCAUCUCACAUUGGCAUCAGAUUAAGCUCCAUGAUACAAAUGUUGCCAAGAGCCAUAUCCAACAUGAAAUGCAACCAACUCCUUUGAAUUCCACCAUAAAUGGGAAACCUUUGGAUACUGAUUCCCCGGUCACCAAUGCUUGGACUGCCUUAGAAAAGAAGUUUGGUCCUUGCUUGAAGAUACAGGCCACUGAUAAUUCGAACGAGCAAGGAUACAAAGCUGAAACAAGUUUCCAGGGAAGAAUUUGCAGAUGUAAGUGCCUGGAACUAUUGUGGGCCUCUAAACAGCACUGCUUCUCAUGUCACCAAACCUUCUCAACACGCGAGGAUCUUGAUAAGCACAAUGAUGGAGCAUGCAGCAUGAGCUUGGGUUUCCGUGAGAGCAAUAUGGAUUCCUCAAAACGCAAAAGGAUGAGAAGUGAACCUUUACUUGAAAAUAGCUCUGAUUUAAGAACCGUUAAGGCAUUUAAAGGUGAGAAACAAAAAGCUGCAUCUUGUUUUGAUGAGAAAACUCAUCCAGAAUGCCCAUUUACCUUAGAAGAGAUCAUAACAAAGUUUGUUAUUAAGGACCCCGUCAAAGAAGUAGUGAAGGAUAUAGGACUUAUUAGUUCUGCUGGCCAAGUUUCAUUUGUUUCCCAGAGAGCUGCCUAUCCGGACCACCCUGUCUUAUCCUUGGUCCCUAUAGACCCAUCUGAUUCAUCUUCAAAAUUGGCGAAUCAGAAGAUUGUUUCAAAAAGAAGAGUGAAUACUGUAAUUGGCACAAAGACUGGUCAUAGCUCCAGUACGUUUAGGUGGCCAGACAAAGGUAUGGAACAAGAGCCAGUAAAAGGUGGCAGACCAAAUUCCAAGUGCAUGAGUGAAAGGGAUCCAUUAUCUGCCACCAAGAACAUGCUUCGGGGUGGUAAGUGGGCUGUUUACCGUGAAUCUUCAGAAAGACCAAUAAGAGGCAGGCUUUGUGGAAUUUUAUGUCGGCUCAAGAGUUAUUUGCUUGAUAUGGAUGCUGCACUACCUGAAGAAGCUUUGAGACCCUCGAGGACAAACUUCGAGAAGAGACGCUUAUGGCGUGGUUUUGUAAAAUCUGCAGAGUCUAUAUAUGAGAUGAACCAGGCGAUAACUGUCCUAGAGGACGCGAUUAAGACGGCCUACCUAAGAAAGGAUUGGUGGUACUGGUCAUCACCAUCGGCAAUGGCUAAGAUUUGCACAAUUUCUGCUCUUGCUCUCCGCAUCUAUGCAUUAGAUGCAGCAAUAAUUUACGAAAAGAAUAUUCCAACUGAGGAUCUAGGAGAUGUGUGCAGAUUAGGCAAAGUGUCUCCUUCAACGUCUGUACUACCUAAAUCUGAUAAAUCAGAUUCCCCUGACCUUCCAAAGCUUAGGAGUAGAUCAAACAAGAGAAGAAAAGCCUAGAAGAAAUGAGGAUCGGCUGGACAUGAUCCUUUGUGGAAAGCAAAAUCUGGGAAACAUGAAAAUUUACAUUUAACAUCUAAUCAUCCACUUUUGGUGGCUGACACAGGAAUUGACAACUGGCAUCACCUUGAAUAGCUAGCAUCUCCAAACUUAUCUCAUCUGCUUAUGUAAAUUUGGUGUCCCCGUUCACUCCAAGCAAAUUAACCAUCACUUCUAAAGAAAGUGUCUUGAAUUUUGUUUGUACAAUUGGUAAAUGGCCUGCCUAACCUCAGAACCGGGCAAUCAUGUAUCGGAUUACAAGUCUUUUUCUAGGCUGAAGAUGGCCUCUUAGAAAUUAGAAUUUAGAACCAAUUAUCCUGAUUAUAUGUUGAUAACAUAGAAACUUUGGAACCUUUUGCAGCUACACAUGGUGAAGCUCUCAAGCACCUGAGAAUUCAAACUCAUAUCCUGAAGAUUAAAGCGCCCCCAGUUGUACUACUUGUUGACCCGCCAGAUGCCUGGCAUGUCAGUUUAUAAAUUAACUAGAUGGCAUACAUUUGUUGUAAAUUGUCAAUACAAGAAUGAUAAUUGUGAAGUGCUUGGGCAGUAGUUUGUGAAGUAGAGAUAUAGGUUAUACUGUGUUCCUUGUCUUCAUUACUGUAAUUUCCCCGCCAGCACUGAAAGGGAAAGUGAAAUGGUAGUGUCAAGUAUCAUUAUGGACAAAGAUCACAUAUAGGGUAGUGUAAUGUGGGUACAAGAGAAAUUUAACUUACAACGCUAUUUAGCAAAGAGUAGUUCUUUACAUUUUG